AUGGCGGACGACAUAAACAAAUGUAACUACUAUAUUUCGAGUUUGUUGGGAAAAUUACAAAGUUCUUCUUUAUCCAGCGUGCAAAAAUCGUUGAUUUCGUUGUCUCGGGCAACAAGAAAGCCUGAAAAUGUCAAAAAAUUACGCGAAGAGGGUGGAAUUAAAUCAUUAUUAUCGUUUCUGCAGGCUUCAAACAAGAAAACCUUGGAUAUGGCAGUGAGCGCUUUAGCCAACUGUGCUAUGGAGAGAAAAUGUAGAAACGAGAUAAAACAACUGAACGGUCUGGCUCCUUUGUGUAAUAUAUUAGCUUCGUUGGCGGAUAUCAGCAUUCUCACCCGGGUCACAAGAGCUCUGGCAAAUUUGUCGCAAGAUGUCAGCAUUGCGAACGUAAUUGUAGGCCUGAAGGCUGUUCCUGUACUUCUGAGCAUACUAGCAUCAUCAAAUGAUGCAAACCUCCUUCAAAAUUCGUUGCGUGCCCUGAGAAUUAUGAGUGCUAGUUUCGCAUGUAUGAAAGAGCUGGAAGAGAAGAACGGAAUACGUAGUCUUGUAGAGCUGUUGAACAAGGAAAACUGCAACGAGACUCAACGAUGCUGCCUUCAAACCUUGCUCGAGUUGAGUAAAGUUGGACGUGGUCUCUUAGCCACGCAAUUUCAGGAACAUGGUGCCGUCGAAGCUGUCAGUCAAUUGUCUUACUCCGAUGACAAAGAUUUGGCGGAGCGCUGCAUUGAUAUUUUGUGUACCCUUACGAAAUAUUUUUCGGUACGUGUGUCUGUCGGAACCAUGGGAGGAAUCCAGGCUUUCUUUCACCAAAUACGAAACCGCAGUUCUCUACUGCCGCUGUCUAUCGAAGGUGUCUGUAUGUGCUGUCGUGAAGCCGUCAAUCGUAACAAAGUUCGUUCCUGUGGAGGGCUGGAGGUUCUUCUCGACAUACUACGCUGUCCUCAGUACUCCGAUGCUUUUGAUAAUAUCUUAGGUGCUUUUGCCUGUUUCACGUACGAUGACAUAGCCUUAAAAAGUAUGAUUGCUUCGGGAUUGAUUCCGAUAUUGGUUGCCAUGCUACGAAAACUGCUUUUCUCUGAGAACGCAGCUAAGAACGGGACAGAAGAACAAAAUGAUAAUUUACCGACAUCAAAAGAUGAAACUCAGAUCACACCUACUCCGCAAAAAAGGGUAAAAUACGCGUCAUCUACCAUUCAAGAUUCCAACAUUCAUUCCAACAGUACAUUCCAACCUAUUUCUUCGUCAACUACCCCAAUAUCGAGUGCAAUAAGUGACUCUAUUGUGUCAAGACCCCUCAUCCUACCAUCUUUGCAUUAUGCCAACAACUCUGCCUCACCACCAUCGUGUUUGUCUCCAAAUCUCAGUCCCGAGCUUCGAGUGCCGUUCCCAGCUUCUCAUAGUCCUGAGUCCGCCCGUUCGUCAAGUCCAAUGGUAUAUUCUCCAUCAGGAUCUGAAGCUGGCGAAGGUUCCUCAUCCUGUUCGGAUCACGAGGAAGAUGCAGUAGAAGUUGCGGGAACUGAUGCACAGAUUACCCAAGAUUUCACUGCAGUAAAAUCAGAUGGUCUCGCGGCAGAAGCACCAGCUUCUAAUGAAUGCACCAUGUCCGGAAACACUACAAGCGGAUUUGAAGAAGAGGAACGAGGUACGCCUUGUGAUAGUCAAUCAAGGAUGAAGGAUGAUUCAACAACUCAUUCUGGAGAUACAGUGGUGACUGCUUCAGAAAAGCAACAUUCCCAGCCAUCUCAGCAGGAGGAUUGUCCCUUUCUCCCAUCUUCCUCCAAACGACGAACUAGAGGACCACUCCUACCUGGAGCAAGUUUCAGUGAGUAUCAUCACCUAUUUUUGCCAGAUGAAAACGUCUUCUCUGCUGAUCAACCAUCUCCUAGAAAGAGGCCAGAAGAUCAAUGGUCCCGUCGAAAAUCCUGGCAGUCGUAUGCUGCAGCACGUGGUCAUUCAAAGACACCACGUGGAGUUUCAACGUCAUCCAAUCCGUAUUAUUCACACUCUAGUGGGCUUGAGGGAAUGGAAAAUAAAAUCAUUUUUUUGCUUUCCCGUUUUGGUCAAAUGCCACAUGCCUCGGACGUUGAAGCUUUGACAUCAUCGGAAUGCAUUCAGACACUUCUGGACUACUUGUGUUUCAGUAAGAAUCGUGACCCCAGAUGUAGGCGGCUGUUUAGUCGCCUUGCAUGGGAUAGAAAAUACUUUGAGACUUUCGUUCUCAUCAUGUUUCCAGGUGCCGUCUACCGACAGCUCGUACGUGGUCUCUAUCCAGGUUACCUGUUUUUCAACCAAUCCAAGUCCAGUACUGCAACUGGAAUCGAUGGCAACGCAGGCAAGCAAAUAGUUCUUACUUCAGAACCGAUUACCGCUCGUGCAAGUGAUAACGUUGCUGCAGACGUCAUGCGAUCUGCCACGUUUGUUCAAGACGAUUCUUUAGCCAGGGAGUCUCCCAAAGACAUCCCUAGAUGUGAUUCAAAUUCUGAGCUAAAUAGUCCUGCAAACUUACGCCAGUCCAGUCCUGAUAGAGCUUCAACAUCGUGCAGUAAGAAAACGUCUAGCAAUGCAGAAAUUGAUGAUGUAAUAAAAAAUAAUCCAGUUGGUUCCAAGCUGAAGAGCUCGUUACAAACAACGCCUGGGAAGUCGAAGGAAAAUGUACUUCAAUAUACAGCGAAUCCUACGUGGAAUGAUGACACUGAAAUAAUCGGUACAAGCCUUUUAUCUGUUUUGUCUACGCAAGCAUCUACGUCAUUUGGAGAGGGCAUUCUGGCUCACCUCCUUCUUAGAGGUACAAAGAAGCAAAAGGAAGCCUGUGCCUUGUCGUUGCCUUAUUUGUGCAAGACAUCAAGACUGAAACAGAAAUUGCUGGUCAACCUUGAGGGACUGAUGCAGAUAUUAUCAUUGUUAUGUAAUUCAACGAAUCAAAUUGAUAUUAUCCGUGCUGUUAAUUCCAUCACAUACCUUAUUGCAAAUUCUGCUCUGAAGAUGUAUGAAAUCUCUGCAGUUUUCAUCGCGAAAAACACGAUCCCUCGUGGAUACAGGGUAGUUGAUCUACUAUGUAUUGCUGGAAUUAAGCGCGUUCCUGUCUGUUUUUACCACAAUAAUCAUCAAACGCCCUUUGAUGUUGUAAUGAAAGUAGAGACUGGGGAAUCUAUCGAAGUCCAUCGGUCUGUUUUGUGCAAACUCUCCGAAGUCUUUUCAGCAAUGUUUUCCAGCCAUUUCAUGGAGGGCCAUCAAUCUGAGAUUAUCCUGAAAGAUUUAAAUCAUUCCACUCUCCAGUUUCUUGUUCAUUACGCCUAUGGAUGUUGCUGGUCUCUGAAAUCACACUUCGAUGUUUGUCCGUUGCUUGAGCAGAUUCUCUCUAGUGAUCGUUUUAAGCUCGACUUUGAUUUUCUGUUGAACUUGUUAGCGUGUGCUGAUCGAUUUCUUUUAGGUAUUUUAAAAAAACAGUGUGAAAAUUUGAUGAUGUUCAGCUUGAGUGCUGAGCAUGUGACGGAGGCGUAUUUGACAGCGGUGCUUUACAACACUCCCCGUCUUCGUGUCCGCUGUCUUCAGUUUAUCUUUCUCGGGGACAUCGAGUUGAACUGUGUGUACAAGUAUGUUGUGAAAUUAUUACAAUCCCAGGAGCGAGAUAGAGUUAUCGAAGACUUUAAAAACAUCGCGUUAGACUGUUGCACGGAGAUUAAGAGUGAUAGUGAAUGGUAAAUGGAAGCACUGUUUGCGCUACGUGAUGAAGUUUCGAGAAAGUGUCUUCUUCACCUCACCACAAUUGAUUACCUAUUGCCAAUAUGUGUUAUCUUUUGGCGGAUUUAGGGUGAUAAUUUCAUGUCCAGAAUCCACGAAUAUAAUCCUUGAUUCUAAUCCUUUAGUAGAAGUAGUCGGGUGACGGUUAGUGUCAGAUUUAGGAUUAAAACUUAGGAUUAUAUUCGUGGACUCUGGACAUGAAAUUAUCACCGAAUUUUGUGUGAAAAUAAUCGUGGAAAAUAAGUCUGGAAUAAUUUGUCUUUAAAAGGUUCAAUUACUAUUG